GAGAGUUUGUUUGUCACACACUUUGAGUCGAUCUCACAGUAAAUCUCAUUUGAAACGCUCUCUCAUUCUGUACCCAACCCUCGGUUUGCACUCAAUUGUGGUCUCAAUUCAAUCGUUUCCGCAAUUAAUUAAUUGUUAUUUUGAUUUCAUUUCAAACAUAACACAAACUAUUUUUGGUCAAAAUGUACAGAAUUUCGUCAGUAUUGCGGACAUCAGUUUGCCGUCGAUUGUCUGCCACUGGAUGUCAGUUAUCGCGAAAUUAUGCCAAAGAUAUUAAGUUCGGUGCAGACGUGAGGGCACAGAUGUUGGCCGGAGUGGACAUAUUGGCGGAUGCGGUGGCCGUCACGAUGGGUCCGAAGGGACGGAACGUGAUUAUCGAGCAGUCGUGGGGUUCGCCGAAGAUCACCAAAGACGGGGUGACUGUCGCCAAAGCCAUUGAACUGAAGGACAAGUUCCAGAACAUCGGCGCUAAACUGGUUCAAGACGUGGCCAACAACACGAACGAAGAGGCCGGAGACGGCACCACCACUGCCACAGUCCUCGCCCGAGCCAUCGCUAAGGAAGGCUUUGAGAGGAUCUCGAAGGGCGCGAAUCCCAUCGAAACCCGACGCGGAGUGAUGUUAGCCGUCGACAGAGUUGUGGAGAAACUGAAAGAGUUGUCUAAACCGGUGACCACUCCUGAGGAGAUCGCACAGGUGGCCACCAUCUCUGCCAACGGCGACAAAGCCAUCGGCGAUUUGAUCUCAUCUGCUAUGAAGCGCGUCGGACGGCAUGGAGUGAUCACUGUUAAGGACGGCAAGACUCUGGUCGACGAGUUGGAAGUGAUCGAAGGGAUGAAGUUUGACCGUGGUUACAUUUCCCCAUAUUUCAUUAAUACACCCAAAGGCGCAAAAGUGGAAUACACUGACGCUCUGCUUCUCAUCACCGAAAAGAAGAUCUCUUCGGCCCAAUCGAUAAUACCUGCGCUGGAAAUAGCGAACCAACAGAGAAGACCACUCGUGAUAAUCGCUGAAGACGUUGACGGCGAAGCGCUCACUACUUUGGUUUUGAACCGUUUGAAGAUUGGCCUUCAAGUGGUGGCCGUGAAAGCGCCCGGUUUUGGCGACAACCGGAAGUCAACUCUUCAUGAUAUGGCGAUCGCCACCGGAGGACAAGUGUUUGGAGACGACGCCAGUUUAGUGAAGAUCGAAGACAUCCAACCCUCAGAUUUGGGACAAAUUGGAGAGAUUGUCAUCACUAAAGAGGACACACUUUUGCUAAAAGGAAAGGGUUUGAAAGAAAAUGUGGACAAAAGAGUGAAUGAUAUUAAGGAUGAAAUGGAUUUAUCAAAUUCUGAGUACGAAAAGGAAAAGUUUGCCGAAAGAAUCGCCAGACUGUCCAACGGUGUGGCUGUUCUGAAAGUCGGCGGUUCCAGUGAAGUGGAGGUCAAUGAGAAGAAGGACAGAGUGAACGAUGCGCUCAACGCUACUCGCGCUGCCGUCGAAGAGGGCAUUGUUCCCGGCGGUGGAACCGCUCUCCUGAGAGCCAUUCCAUGUCUCGAUGAUCUUAAGGUUGAUAACGACGACCAAAAAACAGGCGUGGAAAUGAUCAAAAAGGCUCUGCGGAUGCCGUGUAUGCAAAUCGCACUGAACGCCGGUUUGGACGCAUCGGUUGUGGUCUCGAAAGUGAUGGAAUCAAAUGACGUGAACUUCGGUUUCGACGCUUUACUCAACAAGUAUUGCAAUCUAAUAGAGGCCGGGAUUAUCGACCCGACGAAAGUGGUGCGAACCGCUCUUAUGGACGCCGCAGGUGUGGCCUCACUCUUGACUACCGCUGAGUCGGUUGUGGUUGAGUUGCCGAAGGAGGAGAAGGAUAUGGGCGCAGCCGCUGGUGGUAUGGGAGGCAUGGGUGGAAUGGGUGGAUACGGAAUGUAGUCACGAAUCAACAAUUAGUUUGAAUUGAUUAUUAGG